AUGGCAUUUGAGGAUCCAGAGUGCCCUCAUGGCAUUCGUCUUGUCAUAGAGGACUACCCUUACGCUGUUGAUGGACUUGAGAUAUGGGAUGCUAUAAAGAAAUGGGUUCAUGAAUAUGUUUUCUUGUACUACAAAUCGGAUGACACACUUAAAGAAGAUCCUGAGCUGCAAGCUUGGUGGAAAGAACUGGUAGAGGUGGGUCAUGGUGACAAGAAAAAUGAGCCAUGGUGGCCUAAGAUGCAAACUCGUGAAGAGCUAGUUGAAGCUUGCACUAUUGUCAUAUGGACUGCUUCAGCACUACAUGCAGCUGUUAACUUUGGACAAUAUCCUUAUGGAGGUUUAAUCUUAAACCGUCCAACUCUUAGUAGGCGAUUCAUGCCAGAGAAGGGUUCUGCUGAGUAUGAGGAGCUGAGAAAGAGCCCUCAGAAGGUUUUCUUGAAGACUAUUACACCAAAGUUUCAGACCCUUGUUGACCUUUCUGUUAUAGAAAUCUUGUCAAGGCAUGCUUCUGAUGAGGUCUACCUAGGUAAGAGGGACAAUCCAAAUUGGACAUCUGAUACAAGGGCAUUAGAGGCUUUCAAAAGGUUUGGAAACAAGCUGGCAGAAAUUGAGAAUAAACUCUCACAGAGAAACAAUGAUGAGAAACUGAGAAACCGCCAUGGACCAGUUAUGAUGCCUUAUACCCUGCUUUUCCCUUCUAGUGAUGAAGGUUUAACUUUCAGAGGAAUUCCCAACAGCAUCUCUAUCUGA